CUAUCAAACAAACAUAAUUUUAGAUGAGACUUGUCUGUGUUAUUUACUAUAGGAAAUCACCUUAUUUUAAGAAGUCCCAGUAACCAGUGUCCAACAGGAUUCAGACUUAAUCCAGAGGGACCAUACUGUCAAGACGAUGAUGAGUGUCGCCGGUUGCAGCCCUGCUCCCACCUCUGCCACAACUCCGCUGGCAGCUACUACUGCUCAUGUUCGCCUGGUUACACACUGGACGUUGAUGGAAGACAGUGUAUCGAUAUCAAUGAAUGCUCCACUCUACUGGAUCCAUGCCCCCGUGGUCAGCAGUGUGUGAACUCGAUUGGUUCGUACACGUGCUCCAUGAAAUGUAGACGGGGCAUGAGACUCUCUGAUGACAGGCUGAGAUGUGAAGACAUUGAUGAGUGUGAUGUACCCCGUUCCCCGUGUGAACAAGUGUGCGCCAACUCUCCAGGGACCUAUGUGUGCAGCUGCAGACAGGGGUUUGAACUUGUAGCCAGCGGCAGAUGUACGGAUGUGGAUGAGUGCAAGGUGAAGACAGAUGCAUGUCCUCGAGGCCAGGAGUGAAUCAACUCUGUAGGAAGCUACAAGUGUGCAGUACGCUGUCCCAAAGGCUAUGAGAUGGUGAUAGGAGGGUGUGCAGACGUGGAUGAAUGCAGGACCAAUCAGCAUCGCUGCUACUACAACCAGAAGUGUGUCAACACGGAGCCCGGAUACAAGUGUGUGUGUCCACGGGGCUACAGGUUGGCAGGCCCUGGAACGCCAUGCUUUGACAUAGAUGAGUGUGAAGAGACGCCAGAAGUGUGUGCAUACCAGUGUGAGAACACUCACGGCGGAUACGAGUGUCUAUGUGCUCCUGGACAAGUCAGACUUGCAGACCGGAAAUCAUGUGCCGGCCUUGAAUUUAUUGACCAACCAACCAUUCAUGAUGUCAGCAGCCUGAGAGCAAACCCCUACACCCUCAGUAAAACACUUCACAGCUCCUCUGAUACUGUCAAUGAAACGCGUCAUAGCAACGCAAACCCUGCUCGAGGGGCAACAACAGACAGCACUAGCACAAAGAGUGCGGCACGUUUGGAAGUUCCCACCGUUGCCCCUAGCAAUGGCUAUGGCACUGAACAAGGUCAAGGUCAUGUUCUUCAAGGUCAGGUUGUUCGACACACCGACCCUGUGAAUGGUUUUGGGGCAGAGGUUGAGUGGAUUGAAGUGUAUGAGAAGAAACAGAAACGGAAUAAAAAAGAAAAGAACAAGGACCAAAUGGAAAAAAACAGGAAGAAAGCAAAGCGAGGACGCUUGACUAAGAAGUGUACUGAGGGCUUUGUGUUACAUACUGGAUCUAAGGAGUGCCUAGAUAUUGACGAGUGUACAGAAGACCCCGGGGUGUGUCAGCACAACUGUACAAACACUGUGGGGGGCUACAACUGUACGUGUCCCCCGGGCUACCGUAUAUCCAAGGAUAAACGCACCUGUGAAGACGUGAAUGAAUGCAUCGAGUUUGAAAUCAACUGCGGGCGUGAGAAGAUGUGCUUUAAUACAUUGGGAGAGUUCACGUGCAUCGACGUCCCCUGUCCAAGGGGCUACCAGCGGGACCCCAUCACAAAUAACUGUGUCCUUGAAUGCAUAGACGCCGAGAUUGCCUGCCCACAGUCCUCAAAGUUUGCAGACAUCAUCGAAUUCCGAACUCUGGCGUUGCCUAGCGGCGUCUUAGCACAACAAGAUCUGAUCCGCCUGACUGCGUACAACCAAAACAACGAGAUUCUACACAGGACAGUUUUCACAAUUCUGGAGAAUGAUGUGCUUAUACCAUUCCAGAUCCGGCUGGAGGACGGGAUAGGUAUCGUGUACACGCCCCGCGUCCUUGAAGACAGCCGACUGUACAAGAUCAAGGUGCAGGCCAAGUCAUUUGACAAUGUGAAGGACAGUAUCCAGUACCAGACAACAUUCAUGAUUCAUAUCUCGGUGUCCGCUUUUCCGUAUUGAUAAUUUUAGGAAUUACCAUGUUUUUAUUUCCAAUAUGGUCUGUUUUCUUUUGCCUCUCUGUAUUUAAUGUUAAUUAAACAGUUCUCAGUAAUGAUAAUU